AAAUAAAAAUAUUUUUUAUAAAUAUUAAAAAUAUAUAAUAUUUUCACUUGACAAUUAGCAUCUCUUGAUUAUUUUCACAUGGCGCACCGUGCUAGUCAUCCAAUCAAGUUCCAAUCAAAUUGAAUAUUCAAUUUGGUUUGAAAUACACAAAAGAUGAGCAACAGUUCGCUGACGUCAUCACCGGCACGAUCUUCGAUAUCGACGACGGCGAUCAUCGGAGGCAACGCUAUAUCGUCGUCAUUAGGCGGCGAUGACGUCAACUUCCCAAGCGAUUUGAUUACCAUCCAAGAUCGUAAAGAUGAGGCUCUUCGAGCUUUAAAGUCCGAAUUGACAGCCGCACUAAACAAGGAAGUUAGAACGUUGGAUGAAGAUAGUUGGAUGUUUGAAGGACCUCGUUCUCGUAUUCACCUUAUAUCAAGACCAGGUGGUCUACUAAGCAAGCAUGCAGAAACAAUGAAGCAUAAAUUGGCUACCCUGAAAAGGAAUCAAAGUGCUUCAAUCAAGUAGGAACAUUCUCUUCUAUAAUGGCAUAUUACAACGCCAUUCAACUCGAUGUUGAGUCAGUUUGAAGUGUUGCAAUUCAAAUGGAGCUCAGCAGUUGAUACUAGUAGAUUAUCAUGAACUUUUGUACCAGCUUAUGAGCACUAGCAUUUUUAGCCAUGAAACUUGCUAAAAGUGUAGCAAUUCCGGAUCUGGGUAUGGAUAUUCAUGUGAUUGAUGUAUUAUACCAUUCAUUGAAUUGAAUGUAACAUUUGGGAAGUUGAAAAGCUUUGGUGUUUGUUCUUA